AUGGCCAGCGAUGAAGUCGAGGGCACGUCGCCGUUACCCCAUGCGGACGAGCACAUCACCUUGAUCGGGCUGGGAGCGAUCGGCGUCUCAUUUCUGGCGCUGCACCUGACCUACAGCUCUGCCACGGUGUCGGUCUAUGAUCCGCGGCCAGACCUCGAGGAGCACAUCCAGGCCGUGCUGCCACUGUAUCUACCGAGCUCGGUGGAUGUGGCGAGCUUGAUCUCAGUUGGACGGCUGAAUCUAUGUGCCAGUCUCGAGGAGGCGUGCCUGGCCGCCACGAUCGUGCAGGAACAAGGGCCGGAGAAUGUUGGCUUCAAGCAGAAGACGUGGUCGGAGGUCAUCCGCUACGUGGCGCCCACGUGCCAUCUGUGGUCGUCGACGUCGGGGAUUCCUGCUAGCAAACAGCUCGAGCACCUGUCCACCACUGACGACAAACACCUCGAAUACCCGCCCACCACCGACGACAUACAGGCUUCGUCGGCGCGCCAGAGACUACUCAUCGUGCAUCCAUUCAAUCCUCCACACAUCAUGCCCCUGCUGGAACUGGUCCCGUCGCCGCACACCACGCCGGCCGAAGUCAGCUUUGCAAAGUCCUACUUCACUGCCCUCCGGUCGGGCCACAGGCCCAUCACCAUCCACCGGGAGAGUGCAGGGUUUGUGGCCAACCGGCUGAGCUUCAUCCUCUUCCGGGAGGCGUGCCAUCUGGUCAACGAGGGCGUGGCGUCGGCGGAAGAGAUUGACGAAGUGGUCCGCGCCAGUCUGGGUCCGCGGUGGGCAAUGGCGGGGCCGUUCAAGAUGUAUGGUUUCGGUGGAGGCAACAAGGGCCUUCGAGGGUUCUUGGACAAUAUCGGCGAGUCCAUUGGUGAGGUGUGGAGGGACGCAGGCACCAUCACGAUGGACGACGACGCAUGGAAGGACAAAGUGGUGGAGCAGACGACACAGGCCUAUGGGCUGCCGAGUGCGGAGGAUAUACGGGUGCGGGAUGGUGGGCUGAGGGCCGUGGUCAAGGCGCAGGAGGAACAAGAGAGGGUUGCGAGGCAUGGAGGUGGCCAGGGCGGACAGUAG